UUUGACCACGUGUCACCAGUGACGUCGCCUCACCGGGUUGGGCCUUCUCGAAGCGGGCCGUUGCCUAAUCGCGGUAAAGUCAACCGCGGGUGUCGUUCACCUCGCGUCGUUCACCUCUCGGCGUCGUUCACCUCUCGGCGACGUACACCUCGCCUGCUCUUCACAAAGCAGACGCGACACUCGGACCAAGGCCCCCACCCGAGCGCUAAGCGGCGGUCUCUGGGCUGAACAAACUUCACCAUGGCUUCCGUUUGGCAGCAAGUGCUUGCAGUGGAUGCCAGGUACAAUGCUUACCGCACGCCAAACAACCCGCAGUUCCGCACGCAGUACAUCCGGCGACGGAGCCAGCUGCUGCGGGAGAACGCCAAGGCUGGGCACGACCCAUCGGUCCGCAAGCAGUACCUGCGCCUGCGGUGUCAGAUGCUGUCGCAGCGCUACGGACCACUCUCGGAGCAGAGCAGCUUCCGCGCGUACAGCAACAGCAUCCGCAGCAGCCGCACGACGCUCGACCGAAUGGAGGACUUUGAAGAUGGCUCAUACGACCAGCGUGGCCAGGGCUCACGUGGGCACAGACGCUCAAUGAGCCGCAGCUCCUACCAAUACCAAGCCCAGCUCAACCGCGCCAUUGAAGACAGGAGCACUGUGGGUGUGGUGCCAACAUCUGUGGCAGAGGCAAGCAGAGCCAUGGCUGGUGACACCUCCUUGGAAGAAAACUACGCUUUUGCGGGAAUGUUUCACGUCUUCGAUCAGCACACUGAUGCUGUGCCCAAGGUACAGUUUGCGAAUGACGACAAGACGCGUUUUGCAGCGUGCUCGCUGGACGGCACGGUGUCCGUGUGCGUGCUGGUGCCCGCGCCGGCCAUGGUGUGUGCGCUGCGCGGGCACACGCGCGCCGUCACCGACUUCGCGUGGUCACUCUCCAACGACCUGAUGGUGUCCACGUCUCUCGACGGCGCCCUGCGGCUCUGGGACACGGCAGAUGGGCGCUGCCUGCGCCAGGUGCCCGACCCGGAUGGCUCCGAGCUUCUGUGCUGCACCUUCCAGCCGAUGAACAACAACCUCAUUGUGGUGGGGAAUAGCAAGCACAACGUGCAUGUGGUGAACAUCUCGACGGGCAAACGGGUGAAGGGUGGAACGAGCAAGCUGACGGGGCGUGUGCUGGCAUUGUCCUUUGACUCACCUGGCCGUAUCCUCUGGGCUGGGGAUGAGCGAGGCAGCAUUUUCUCUUUUCUCUUCGACAUGACCACAGGCAGGCUCACCAAGGCCAAGCGUAUGGUGGUGAACGAAGGCAGUGCCAUCACCAGCAUAUCGGCGCGCUCAUGGAUCAGUCGCGAGGCACGUGACCCCUCGCUGCUUGUCAACGCCUGUGUCAACAUGCUGCUUCUGUACCGGGUCCUGGAUAAUGAAGGAGCACUACAGCUGAAGAAAACCUUCCCCAUCCAGCAGAAAACACACCACAUUCACAGCAUCUUCUGCCCACUCAUGUCUUUCCGCCAAGGAGCUUGUGUCGUGUCGGGCAGCGAGGACCUGUGCGUGUACUUCUUCGACGUGGAGCGGAGCAGCAAGCCGGUCGUCAACAAGCUGCAGGGUCACUGCGCGCCCGUGCUCGAUGUCAGCUUCAACUGCGACGAAAGCCUGCUGGCCUCCAGCGACGCGCAGGGCAUGAUCAUCAUUUGGAAGCGCGAGCCAAAGUACAAGACGGCCCUUGGCUGACGCCAGCAAUCUGUGCCGGCCGCUGCUUAUGACCGGGUUUCGAAAUGGGAUGACUGGCUGCUCUUGUGAACAGCAUUGAGUAUUAAAAACGCUUACCGCAGCAUGGUGGUCGAGCCACAAUCGAUUGGUGGGGCUCAUGUCGUGGAGGUCAAGUGUGCGUGUAUUCCCAUGUCUUUUAAGACGUCUGGUCAGUGCAGAAGGGUAACAUCCAAUACCCUUGAGAGGGACUCGUGAGGUCCUCUCCUGGAGGCCCUUCUACCAGCAGUGGCAUGAGCAGGGCUGUACCUUUACUUUCUUAAACCUUUCAGUGGGUCCAAUUACCAUUGUAGCAGAAAGACAAUUGGGAUUUCCCCCCCCCCCCCCCCCCCAUAAAAAAGGGGUUUAAAGAACUCGUGUAAAUAUUGCAAACACUAAAGGGGAUUUGUUGGGGUACAUUUGCUGUGAUGCUAUUGCAAAUGUCCAAUAUGGUCCAGUGAGGUACAAUGAGGGGAGUGCAUUAUCAGUAUCUGUAGCUAUUCUUAUGACCAUACGUUGUAAUAUCAACAUUUCUGAAAUGUUCCUUGUAAAUGUCAAUGUGCAAAUGCAGAUCUAAACUAUUAAUAUAUGCCUCAUGUACAAUGAAUCUGUGUCAACGUAUAUGAAUAAAAACAUUUCAAAAGUA